AUGCCCACUUUGUGGACAGAGCUUGCAGUGGCCCAGUGCACACAGCGCCCCGUUGACGUUGUCUUCUUGCUUGAUGGUUCUGAAAGGAUCGGGGAGCAGAAUUUCCACAGUGCCCACCACUUUGUGGAGGAGGUGGCCCGACAGCUCACGCUGGCUAGGAGCAACAGCGACAACAUGAAUGCCCGGAUUGCGCUGCUGCAAUAUGGCAGUGAGAGGGACCAGGAUGUGGUCUUCCCACUGACCUACAACCUGACAGAAAUCUCCAAUGCCCUGGCACAGAUCAAGUACCUGGACUCAUCCUCCAACAUCGGGUCAGCCAUCAUACAUGCCAUCAACAACAUCGUGCUCAGCCCAGGAGAUGGGCAGCGACUCGCCCGGCGUAAUGCUGAGCUCUCCUUCGUCUUCAUCACUGAUGGCAUCACAGGAAUGAAGCUUGGCCUCGGGGACCGGGCAGCCAUCUUCCGGGAGAAGGACUAUGAUAGCCUCUCCCAGCCCAGCUUCUUCGACAGGUUCAUUAGGUGGAUAUGUUAA